GUGAGGAGGCUGGACGACCUGGCCUUGGGCGUUAGAUCGCCAUGGGACACACCUCCUUGCUCUGCUGCUGAUAAGCACCUACUCAUUCACAGCGACAACUCUGGACUGCGGAUCGCGCCAUUGUUGAUUCUGCGACGGUGGUACUACAGGUUGCUUGUUCGUACACAUAGCCUUUAGCAAUUGUCCUACCUUGACUCCCACCUCCUCUAUCACUCAUCCCCGAGCUUUCCGCCGCCCAGCUCUUCCCCUAAUCGUGUUCGGCGCCCCCUCGCGACAUCAACGCGACCGCGACCCAACUCGCUACCCUUUUCCCCAUCAUGCCAGUCGAGCUCCGGAAGCGCAAGGCCGCGGCCCCAGCGCCAGCACCACCUGCAAAGAAAAAGGCACCCGCAAAGGCCAAGAAAGCCGACGGCGAGAAGACUGUCGUCGAAAAGGUCCAAGACGCGGUCGUCGAAAAGGCCGAAGCCGUCAAGAAAGCCGUUGUAAGCAAGACCAACGGCGCCUCAACUGCUAAAUCCAGCGGCGCGCCCAAAGUCGGCGACACAAUUGACCUCGCCUCAUUCGGCGGCGAAAUCGAAACCAACGAUGGUACCAAGACGUCGCUCGCGAAGCUCGUAGAAGAAAGCAAGGCCGGUGUAGUCCUAUUCACGUACCCCAAAGCCUCGACUCCGGGAUGCACAACCCAAGUCUGUCUCUUCCGCGACUCCUACACGCCUCUAACCGCAACCGGCCUCUCCAUCUACGGUCUCUCGUCCGACAGCCCCAAGGCAAACACCACCUUCAAGACCAAGCAGAAGCUGCCGUACUCGCUGCUGUGCGACCCCGCGCAGACCCUCAUUUCGGCCAUUGGGUUUAAGAAGGCACCAAGGGGGACGACUCGCGGCGUCUUUGUGGUUGAUAAGCAGGGUAAGGUGUUGGCGGCUGAGCCCGGUGGACCCGCCGCGACAGUUGAGGUUGUGAAGAAGCUUGUGGGGGACGCGGAGAAGGUGCCCGCGAAAGAGGAGGUGGAGGCGAAGGAGAAGGAGGAGGACAAGAAGGUUGCGGAGACAGCGGAUGAGGUUGCGGAUUCGGCGGCUAAGGUUGAUGCUCCCGCUGCUGCUUGAGGGAUUUGGUGCGAUGCAAGACGUUUUUCCGGGUAAUUGAAAGAGUUUGUGCUUAGUGACAGCGUGUGUUUUGUUGUUCUUUUUUUAGCUGGAAUAAUGAAUAUUUGAGAUUUGUGAUACAAGUGCUUGAAGCAUGUGUGAGUAGGUUUGCUAAUAUUAUUUUCUGGUAUUUGUAUCUUCAUAAUCUAGCUAUGUCCUCGGCCCCAGUUUUUGAGUCUUGUUCAUAUGUCAUAUGUAGAUAUGGGUAUUCGUUAGCUGUCUUGUUCGCUAGUUACACGUCUAUGAUACUACGUUUCCGCUGCUGUGAAGAGAUGAAGGUUUUUGGUAAGAUGAUAGUGGG